UGACAGGAAUAGGUUGUCCGGCCGUCAGUGCAGGUGACGAGGCUGAGAUGGGAGUCAUGUCCACUGUUAGUUCUGGACAACACACUCGUCCGAUGUGCUAUCUGCUGCUACUGAUGAUCCUCCAGCUUGGCCUCCACACAGCGGAGGGAGUGUGGCCGCUACCCCAGACUCUGAUCUCCUCCACGGAGCGCUUCCACCUGAGCCCUCAGGCUUUCUACUUUGGCUACGGAAGACAGUCAGCCGCCCAGCAGGGCUGCUCUGUUCUGGAUGCUGCUUUUAAGAGAUACUUUGCUCUGAUUUUUCCUGACUACACUUCUGGUCGGUGGAAUUUAUUCAGCGAUAAAAACGAAAAAGAUGGUACUCUGCCAUUCAAUGUGGACAAACAAUUUACUGUCGAAGUCAGUGUCGACCACAAUGACUGUGAUGGUUACCCGAAUGAAAGCUCAUCUGAGAGAUACAAUCUGAGUGUCUUUUCCGGUCGAGCAUCUCUGAAAGCAGUAACUGUGUGGGGUGCACUCAGAGGUCUGGAAUCCUUCAGUCAGUUGGUGUAUCAAGAUGAUUUUGGCUCGUAUUUUGUGAACAAGACUGACAUUAAAGACUUCCCCCGGUUUCAGUUCAGGGGGAUUUUAUUGGACACGUCACGUCACUAUUUACCAGUGCAGGCCAUUUUAAAGACUCUGGAUGCAAUGGCCUACAGUAAGUUUAAUGUGUUUCACUGGCACAUUGUUGACGACCCCUCCUUCCCUUACCAGAGCCGCACCUUUCCAGACCUUUCCAGUAAGGGGGCUUUCCAUCCGAUGACUCACAUCUACACACAGUCGGAUGUGAGAAGGGUGAUCUCACAUGCCAGGAUGCGAGGAAUAAGGGUCCUUCCUGAGUUUGAUUCACCAGGCCACACUAAAUCUUGGGGAAAAGGGCAGCCUGACCUGUUGACUCCCUGCUACAAAGGGGGCAUACCUUCAGGUACUUUUGGUCCAAUUAAUCCAGCUUUACCGUCCACCUACCACUUCAUGGCAACACUGUUUAAGGAAGUAUCAGUGGUGUUUCCAGAUUCCUAUAUUCACUUAGGAGGGGAUGAAGUUGACUUUUCCUGCUGGAAAUCCAACCCUUAUGUUCGAGCAUUCAUGCAGAAGAUGGGAUUCGGAUCGGACUUCACCAAACUGGAAGCAUUCUACAUGGAGAACAUUGUAAACAUCACUUCAGCUCUCAACAAGACAUCUAUCGUAUGGCAAGAUGUUUUUGACUACCAUGAGCGAAUUCCUAAGGACACAGUGCUGCACAUCUGGAAGGGUACCCCAGCUAGCUAUUAUGCGGAGCUCAGUAGAAUGACCAAAGCUGGCAUGAGGGUUGUGCUGGCUGCUCCUUGGUACAUCAACCACAUUUCCUAUGGCCAGGACUGGCACAACUACUACACUGUGCAGCCACUGAACUUCUCUGGAACUGAGGAGCAGAAGAAGCUGGUGAUAGGUGGUGAAGUCUGCAUGUGGGGCGAAUAUGUAGAUGCCACCAAUCUCACUCCACGUCUUUGGCCCAGGGCAAGUGCUGCUGCAGAGAGACUGUGGAGUGAUGAGAAGCAGACAUCCAACGUGGACAUGGCAUUUCCUCGGCUGCAAGACUUUCGCUGCAAGCUUGUGAGGCGUGGUAUCCAGGCAGAGCCUCUUUAUGUGGGACACUGCAAACAAGAGUACCAAGGCAUUUGAAGGUGCUAGAUAGGUUGAUAUGGAGAUUUAAGACUGGAGCAUUGGAACAAAUUAAGUUCAGUUGCAGUUUUAGCUACUUCUGAAUAAAAUCUUGUUUGGGGCAUUUAAAGAGAUGUGAAAUCUUUUAUAAAAAAAGGAUUUGUUUUUCCAUUUUUCAGUAAAAUCUAUACAGACUUAAAUGCUUUCUCAGGGACUUAUUACCUAUGUUUUCUUUUUAAAUUUUUUUAUAAUUGCUUUUUGAGUAAUUCUCUUUUCAUUUUACAUUUUUAAUUAUAUUGUAGUAAUAAUAUACAGUAGAAAUGUACUGCGAUGUUGAAUUUUCUUUAAAGACUGCAAUAAGAGUUUCACUUUAAGGUGAACACUGGCGGUAUGCUGUAGCUCACACUCUUGCACUGACAUUCAAUAAAAAUCAUGAGCA